UCGCCUGGCUCAAGCUAAUUUUAGCGUUCUACUUCUCGAAGAGGGCGGCGAGCCAUUCCCCGGUUUCGACAUUCCAGCCGCAUUUGCAUUCGGACAAUAUUCCUCACACGGACCACACCUAUAAAACGAUCCCACAAUCAGAUUCAUGUUUCGGUUUGGUAGAUCGGAUCAGUUACUGGCCAGCGGGGAAGGGUUUGGGGGGAACUUCUGCGUGGAAUGCGCUCAUCUGGACGAAAGGUCAUGGGGCCGAUUAUGACGAGUGGGCCAAGCUCACUGGGGACAAGAGCUGGGGAUCGGAGGGGACCAGGAAAUAUUUCGAUAAGGUGAUAGAAUCUGUGGAUGGAAUCCAUGUUGAAAAAGAGGGGACGGAAUUGGGCAAGAUAGUUUUGGAAGGGGCGAUGCAGAUGGGUUGGCCAGUCUUGGAUACCAAUGAAAAGUACAAAGAUGCCGGGUUUGACCACAUUCCACUAACUCGGAAGAAUGGGGUACGAACUGGAAUUAAAGAAAUGUUAAAUAAGGCUCGAUAUGACGCAGAAGAAAAGUUAAUUGUUCGAAAAUUUGCCAAAGUUGUUAAGAUAUUGUUCAACCCAAAUAAAUCUGACACCGUCGAAACAAUUGGGGUGGAAUAUGAGCAGUUCGGUGAAAUUUGUCAAGUCUAUGCAAAAUAUGAAACAGUCAUUUCCGCAGGUGCAGUAGGAUCACCGAAGCUGCUCAUGCUUUCAGGAAUAGGACCGAAAAAUCACCUGAGUAAAUUGAAAAUUCCUGUCAAGUUGGAUUUACCUGUCGGUGACAAUUUACUCGAUCAUGUUGUUUCUAUAUUUGGGCCAUAUGUUAUCAAGAGUCCCCUAACCUUCCAUCCCAUUCAGGACUUCAGUCUUGCAACACUAUUAAAAUAUCUGAAAGACGGGGCAGGAUUUCUGUCGACGACCAGAUACCAUGGCGUUGGUUAUGUCACAGUGGGAAAUACUAGUGUCUCACCGAACAUACAAUUUAUCCCCUCUGCGGUUUCAAUUCCGGACGCCCAUGUCGCAGGAUUAUGUGAAACUCGGUGUAAUACAAAGCCGGGUCUUUUGAGGGACUACUAAGCAUUAAUGGUCCAUGUACCUUUUAAAUGUUGUCAAUCCAUGAAUUCCAUAUGUAUGUAAAUGUGCAUGCACUUUUCAAAAUUUACGAUAUGUUUCACAAUAAAGUUAUUUAUCUAUUUACAUGCUUGGACUGCCCAAGGUACAUUUAAAUAAAUAUUUUUAUUUAUGUAAAUAUUUUUAUUCAGGUUAGCUAUGUCAAUUACUUUCCACGCAAAUAUGACUGAUUGCGAAUAAGAUAAAUUAAAGUUUAGUUGGAUUGAAAUUUGUGUCCAUCAAAAUUAGAUCAAUAAAUAUUUAGUAAAUUUUA